AUGUCAUUUCGGGGAGCGCCACGGGGCCGUGGUUUCUCUCGCGGCGGAGGCCGCGGAGGCUACCAACAGCGAGACAUGGGCCCGCCAGCCACCGUCCUAGAAAUGGGCAAAUUCAUGCACGCCUGCGAAGGCGAAAUGGUCUGCGAAUCCAUCAACCCCAAGGUACCGCAGUUCAACGCCCAAAUCUUCCUCGAGAACAAGACCCCCGUCGGCAAGGUCGACGAGAUCCUCGGCCCCAUCAACCAGGUCUUCUUCACCAUCAAGCCCACCGAGGGUAUCCAGGCCGCCUCGUUCAAGGAGGGCGACAAGUUCUACAUCGGCUCCGAGAAGCUGCUCCCCAUGGAGAGGUUCCUGCCGAAGCCUAAGGUGUUGGGUGUGCCCAGGGUGAAGAAGCCUUCGAGGGGCGGCGCUGGCGGUAGGGGUGGCGGUGGUCGGGGAGGAUUUUCGAGGGGAGGAAGGGGUGGGCCGAGGGGUGGUGGUUUUUCGAGGGGAGGUGGUCGCGGGGGCUUUGGUGGUGGGAGGGGAGGAGGUGGUGGUUUUAGUCGGGGUGGGGGCGGCGGUGGUUUCUCGAGGGGUGGUGGAAGGGGACGAGGCGGCGGUGGAUUCAGCAGGGGUGGUCGUUAA